ACACUCACACACAUCCACACACACACACACUCGGUCCAGUCCAAACCCCCAGAAAAGCCCUGCUGAAUCCUCACACCGUCUGUCAGCAUGGGGAGCGCUUGUUUUUCCCGGGACGUUUGUUUGUUUAUCCUCCUCAUAAAUACUUGCAGGGUGAUGGGGAAUGUCGGACUCGCAGAUGCAGACGAGUGCGCAGAGGGUUCAGACGACUGCCACAUUGAUGCUCUCUGCCAAAACACAGCCAAGUCCUACAACUGCAUCUGCAAGCCAGGCUACAAGGGAGAUGGCAAGCAGUGCGAGGACAUGGACGAAUGUGAGAAUGACUACAAUGGAGGCUGCGUCCACGAAUGCAUCAACAUACCAGGCAACUACCGGUGCACCUGCUACGAUGGAUUCAUGCUGGCCCAUGACGGACACAACUGUCUGGAUGUGGACGAGUGUCUGGACAACAACGGCGGAUGCCAACAAGUGUGUGUCAACACGAUGGGGAGCUACGAGUGUCAGUGCACAGACGGCUUCUUCCUCAGUGACAACCAGCAUACCUGCAUCCACCGCUCUGAUGAUGGAAUGAACUGCAUGAACAAGGACCACGGCUGCGCCCACAUCUGCAGAGAGGCUCCAGGCAAAGGCGGAGUGUCGUGCGAGUGCCGACCUGGCUUUGAGCUGGCCAAAAACCAGAAGGACUGUACAUUGACGUGUAACUAUGGAAACGGCGGUUGCCAGCACACGUGUGACGACACGGACACGGGGCCGGUGUGCGGCUGCCACCAGAAGUACGCUCUGCACUCAGACAGCAAGACCUGCAUCGAGAAAGAUGAGGCUGCAAUUGAGAGCUCUGAGUUCAAUGCCACGUCAGUAGCUGAUGUGGACAAGCGGGUGAAACGGCGGCUACUUAUGGAAACCUGCGCUGUGAACAACGGCGGCUGCGACAGGACAUGUAAAGACACGGCCACAGGGGUGCGCUGCAGCUGCCCUGUGGGAUUCACCCUGCAGCCCGAUGGAAAAACCUGCAAAGACAUUGAUGAAUGCCAGGAGAACAACGGAGGCUGUGAUCACUUCUGCAGAAACACAGUCGGUUCCUUCGAGUGCAGCUGCCAGAAAGGCCACAAGCUGCUCACUGAUGAACGGACAUGUCAAGACAUUGACGAGUGCUCCUUUGAGAGAACCUGCGACCACACCUGCAUCAACUACCCUGGCAGCUUCGAGUGCUUGUGCAACAAAGGAUACAUCCUGUACGGCCUCACUCACUGUGGAGAUAUCGACGAGUGCAGCAUCAACAAUGGGAGCUGUGAGUAUGGCUGCAUUAACACCCAGGGCAGCUACGAGUGUGUGUGUCCACCAGGACAGAAACUCCACUGGAACAAGAAAGACUGCAUCGAGGCGGUGAAGUGUCUGCCCAAUGGGAAGCCAGCGCCCCGAGCCCAGCUGACCUGCACCAAGAGCGGAGGGGCUGAGGUCUGCUCGCUGUCCUGCCCCUCCAAUGCUCUCUUCCUCGCUGACUCAGAGAACAGCUACACACUGAGCUGUGGAGUGCCCGUCCAGCCUGGGAAAGCUCCGCAGAAGAGAAACGCCACCACUGCUUUACCCACCUGUGCCGACACGCUGGCACCGCCCAUCAAACAGAAGGCCAGGUUUAAGAUUAAAGACGCCAAGUGUCACCUGAGGCCCCGCAACAAGGAGAGGCACAGAGAUUCAUCCAGGCAGAAUCUGCAAGGAGGCCAGUUCCCCUGCACCGAUGACUGCCAGGUGACGUUUGUCAACCUCAAGUGCGACUCAUCGAAGAAGCGCAGACGAGGACGCAAAUCUCCUUCCAAAGAGGUUUCCCACAUCACAGCGGAGUUUGAGAUGGAGAUGAAGGAGGAGGAGGCCUCAGACUCGUGUAAUGUGGACUGUGUGCGGGAGAGGAUGAAGCAGAAGCUGCAGAGCGCCAUGCGGACGCUCAGGAAGUCCAUCAACAAACAGCAGUUCUACAUCCAGUUUUCUGGGACAGAGUAUGAAGUGGCACAGAAACCAUCCAGGGUACCCGACGGCGCCGAGACCUGCAGUACGGGACAGGUCCUCCGAGACGGAAAGUGCGUGAGCUGUGGUGUGGGGACGUUCUACAGUGGGGAGCAGGAGCAGUGUGUCCAGUGUCCUCCUGGUACCUACCAGGACACCGAGGGUCAGCUGUCCUGUGAGCCAUGUCCCAGUACUGAAGGACAGGGCAUCGCCGGGGCCAAGAAUGUGUCUCAGUGUGGAGGUCAGUGUCCAGCAGGUCAGUUCUCUGCUGACGGGUUCCGCCCAUGCCAGCCCUGUUCACUGGGCUCCUACCAGCCAGAACCGGGCCGAGUUCUGUGCUUCACCUGUGGAGGAGGCCUCAUGACCAAAUAUGAAGGAUCUGUCUCCUUCAGGGACUGUGAGGCCAAAGUGCACUGUGCUCCUGGACAUUACUACAACUCCAGCACCCACCGCUGCAUCCGCUGCCCAGCAGGCACCUACCAGUCUGAGUUUGGGCAGAACUACUGCAUCACCUGCCCCGGGAACACCACCACUGACUUCGAUGGUGCCACCAACGUCUCCCACUGCAAAAACCAGCUGUGUGGAGGUGAGCUGGGAGAGUACACAGGCUACAUCGAGUCUCCCAACUACCCUGGAGAUUACCCGUCCAAUGUGGACUGUGUCUGGACUAUAAAUCCACCACACAAGAGGCGGAUACUCAUCGUGGUGCCAGAGAUCUUCCUGCCCAUUGAAGACGAGUGUGGAGAUGUGCUGGUCAUGAGGAAGAGCGCCCUGCCCACCUCCAUCACCACCUACGAGACGUGUCAGACGUACGAGCGACCCAUCGCCUUCACCUCUCGCUCUCGCAAGCUCUGGAUCCAGUUUAAGUCCAACGAGGGCAACAGUGGCAAAGGCUUCCAAGUUCCAUAUGUCACCUAUGAUGAGGACUACCAGCAGCUGAUAGAGGACAUAGUGCGAGACGGCCGGCUUUAUGCCUCUGAGAACCACCAGGAGAUACUGAAGGACAAGAAGCUGAUAAAAGCCCUGUUUGACGUGCUGGCGCACCCCCAGAACUACUUCAGGUACACGGCACAGGAGUCCAAAGAGAUGUUCCCUCGCUCCUUCAUCAAGCUGCUGCGCUCCAAAGUCACCAGGUUCCUACGACCGUACAAAUAGACGGGAUCCCUCCACUGUCCUGUUAAAGACCCCCGUCGUCCUGCAUCGUUCCAAAUCCAACCACCUAAAUGUAACCCCCCCAUCUGCUCCCCCCAGCCUCAGUCUAUACAUCAGUAUACCCGCUCUAUGGCUUCAUUUCCUGUGUUUGUCCUCAGUCCUGCUUGUCACAUGAUGCCUUUAACAUCUUUGGUCCCUCUGACUUGUAAUACAUGAUUAUCAUUAACAGCCUCCUCUCUAGUUGCUUUUCCUACACGGUUUGACCGACGAGGUUUCUGAAGGCCGGUACCAGUGUUUUUAGAAUCCAGCAGAAAUGCCCUCCAUGUGUUGCAGUUAUAUAUUCUUUCUUUGAAUUUGACCAUUUUAAACAAACAGGUAUCAUUAUUAUGUGUUUUUCUGGGUUUUGUGUUGUAAAACUUGUAUCCCACCUGUUUGUCUGUUCAGCCACACCUCUGACUAACAGAUGGCUCUUCUGUACUUGUGGAGGAAGCCACCGGAGCUGUUUGAAGGUUGUGUUUCAAGCUAAGCUAACCACCUGCUGGCUGUAGUUUCUCUACCAACUGACAGACAUGAGAGCAGAAUAAAUGUCUUCAUCUAACCUUCAGCAAGAAAGAAAAUAAGUGUUAUUUCCCCAAAUGACAAAUUCAAUAGUUAUGAGGCCACAUUUAGGCUGCUGGCUGUUGUCUAACAGUUGUGAUGAUCUUCUCAUUUAAUUCUCAGCAGAUUUCCCAAAAUGCAUUGCUUUAUAUGUGUAGAUGUAAACACAUGUGGCACGUCCAGUAAUUAGCUGAAGGCCCGUGUCAGCAAACCCAUAAGUCGGUCAAACCCUGUUCCUGCACACGGUGUAGUCUGUGUUCUGUUCUUCUCGCCGUUCCCCUCGUUUCUGCACCUUCUCUGACGACUUUUUUUUGCAGCCUUUCCGCCCUCUUUUGUUUUUGUGUGUUGUUGUGUUGUUUUGUAAUAUUUAUACUGAACAUGUCGGAACUUGCAGAAGCUCACAUUGCAGAUGUUUUAGAUAUGAACGUGUGGACAUUCGCAGUUGUACAUGCAUGAUGUGUAGAGAUGCAUCGGCCCACACAGAGUACAUGGAUGUACGCUGAACUGGAUUUCUUUAUUGUCCCUAAUGUGCACGAAAACAGAGACGAGAAAACAACUCGUGCACUUAAAACACAUUUUAACAUUAAAACCGAUUUGAAAGAAAUGUUACAGUGAGGAAAUCUGAACCAUUCCACCUCAGUGGGUGCUUUAUCCAUUGGAGCACAGGGAAAGAUUUAAUUAGGGUAAUCGCAAAGUCUAUAUUGUAAUUUUUUAAAUAAAAAAAAGAUGUAUAACAAGAUGAGAUAAACUACCUGCAAGUAACACAUUGUUACUUUAGAGAGAAAUGUAUGUGAUGUAACUAAUAUUUGGAACUUUAAUUGCACUUGAAUUUUAUAUUUUAAACUGUAGGGGAAAAAAAAAAGAUCUGAGUUACGUUUGUGUUACCUUUUUUGUGUUGUUUUCAAAUGUGCCACAUGUGGCGGCAAUAAGAGAGAAAGGCAGCCGUGUCUCCUGUUAUUGCUCCCACUCUGUAGCUCACAGUUACCCCAGAAUCUCUCACUUCUGGCCCCGUUCAUUCACACGGUGAGGAAACAUUUAGAACGAAGCUUCUCAAACCCUGAGUGUUAAACUAAAGCGCACAGAGAAACAACAGCGUAAGCAGCAGGAUGCGUCAAUCUUGCCACCACCACUACAGUUUGUGUGUGUUUUCACUGCCGAGUCCUGCUUCAUCCCUCAAACAUGUCCUAUAGCUGCCAGAGAGAAGAAGCGUCUCCAUAAAGACUUCUUGUAUGAUGGCAUUACAUACAUACUACAGUAUAUACAUGUUUCUAAUUAUCUGCAUCCACCCAGAUACACUCUUUUUCCAUUAAAUAGGAAGUAUAGUGUGUGUAUACUAUGCUUUUCUUUUAUAACCUAACUAAAUGUUUCUGUGUCAUUCCCAUUGGUACUAAUAUGUCUAUAAAAUCCUAUACCACAUAUUGAAGAUGGACUCUAUAUCAGCACAAUGCGACUGGAGUUGUGUACUGUGUGACUGGAGUGUUGGUCUGAAGGUGAAUGUAGUGGCAGGCGGAAUAAGAGGCAUCUCCUGUCUGAGUGUCUGUGUGUCUGUAGCACUUGUAGCUUCUGCUGCAAGCCAGUGAACUUUAUCUGUGUGUCGUGUUGCUCAAAAGACGCAAGCUUUCCCUGACAGAUGAUAAAAAUGCAUACGUAAAACCCCCUAAAAGCUUCUUUAGAGACUAAUCUCCUGUUACCAGUGUCCUUCAUGAAAAGAGAACGUUUCUAGUCUUUGUGCUGGGCACAAGGAGGAUGAGGGAGUGUCAGUGCUAACUGAGAGCUCAUCAAACCUCGGAGGUUUUGCAUGUUUCUGCCAUUGACUACAAAUCACACAAACUGCUGAGCACUUUUUAAAGCAGAGGUUUUUAGGUUUCCUGCAUUUUCUCUACACUAUGAGGAUUAACUUUUAAAUAGGUGCAGUUUAAUUGAGAUAAAUUGUCCCUCACAUUGAACAAUUAGCUACUUAUUUUUUUAGAAUCAUCACUGUCUUUGUGUGCCGUCAUUUGCAGGCAAGAGUCAUUUUAAAGGAUAGUUUGAGAUGUUUUCUGUUUUAAAUCAGCCCACAGCCAGAAACAGGCGUCCAGUCAGCUUCAUAUGAAAAACAAACCUUUGACUACACGUAGAGUUUGAUCACUUCAUGUAGAUGGUACAAUUUUAUUUUUUUUGACCACGAAGAAAGUUUGAAGUCUAUUUUUAGUUAAGCACACGUCAGAGUUAGUUCUUGACCUUGGAAACAGUAAAUGACAAAACAGUCUUGCCACUGGGGCAAGUAGUAGACAUUUUUAAGUUUCUUAUCAUUGAGCACGAUCUCUGUCAGCUGCACUGAUUGUAUUUUUCAUCUAUUUUACUCUAAAUGGGACCAUAACUUAGAAAGCGAACAUCAUUAAAAAAAUCUUGAAACGACUGAUUGAGACCAAAAACUCAUUCGGAAAACGUUUACUGAAAUAAGAGAUCAAGUGAAAAGUAGGUUCAUUUUGUCAUUCACUUCUAUACAAUCUGACUUCUUUUAGAAACCAGGGGAGUCGCCUCCUGCUGGCUGUUACAAAGAAUGCAGGUUUAAGACACUUCUGCAAUGGCUUCACUUUCAUAUCCAGAGGCUGCGUCCACCUUUUAUUUAGUGUUCAGUCAGAAGAUGUUUAUCAGAAAGUGAUCAGAAAUCAAAUGCAGAUUGUACAUCUCUAAUCCCCAGGCUACAUACUAAUGAAGAUCAUGUGAUGUCAUCAAAAGCCAUUUAAUGGAUCUUGGGGUGAAAUGUUUUUUUUUUCAGAUCAACUGCAGUUUCCAGUUUUCUGAAGCUAAACAACUUCUUCAUUGUUGAACUGGGUCUUAUUUGUUGCCUGCAGGAUGUAGAAAACCCCCAUAAUGUCACAGAGCUCUGAAAAUUUUAUGACUUCAUAGAAUUUCUAAGUGACUUUUACUUUUUGUUUUGCUUUCCAGGGGUAGCACCAUACUAAGUGUUAGCUAGAAUCACAAUAGCAUGCUAGUAUAAUCAUAUGGCUGGGCCUGUAGUGGUCAAAAUCCCCACACCAUCGCCAUGAAUUCCAAAUUGUAAUUACUGUUUGUCUUUGAUUUGGUGUUCCAACAAAGUCCUCUGGCCUUUCAUGGGACGUGAAAACGAAGGUGAUGGACUUUUCAGGUCUCUCCCAAGUUAAUUUUUUGAUAGUGCACUGAAAGUAAACCAAUCGCUUGAUGGUAGGAAAUCGACCAAAAAGCUCUUGCUUUGGAAAACAGUCACCGGUCACGUGGAAUAUUUGUAAUUAAUGGGCUGAAGCAGGGAAAACCUCCUGUAUGGUCCUGCAUAGCGCUGAGCUGGGACCUACUGUUCAUAGUUCAGGGUUUCAUUUCAAAAUAAGGUAUGAAAACCAAAAUGAGAAAUAACUGAAACAAACAAUUGAACAUAUUUCUACAGUAAUUGGCUGAUAAUCGCCCCUCCAAAACGGAUGUAUUUGGAAGUAAACUCAGUGAGGCCCGUGCUUAUUGUCACUGGAUCAUCAUGUAAUUUCCCAAAAUAAAGCCUAUUGUGAGGUGAGGUAUUGUUCAGGCGUUGCCAAAUAGCUGCCACACAGACAUGUUAUGGUACGGCCUGCUUCUUGUUCGAGGUGGGUGCUGUUCAAUAUGAGUGUUAUGAAAAAAAUGAUAUGAAAUGCUCUACAAUUUAUAAUUGACUGUUUUUUUUUUUGUUUUGUUUUUUUCCUGAGAAUGUAUUCUAUUGUGAAUGGGUGUGUGCAUGUGGUGUGUACGAGAGCGUGUGAGUAGAACGAGUGUGUGAGUGUUCCUGUGUGUGUGUUUUUGUGCUGGGUGCCUGCGAUAGAGAAAGAGACUGUGUAUGAUGUGUGUACUUUAGUCCAUUUUGUAGAGGAAUAAUUUUAACGUUUGUGUUAGUCGGUUGUACCCAAAGAGAGAAACUGUAACGCAGUGUUGUGCCAUUGUUUGGUCCAUGAAACUCCAGUACUGAACAAAUUAAAUAAAACAGUAGCAGAAAACCGA